UAGGUUAGUUUGCAUUUGACUGGAUUAUUUCAGAAGUUUGACUUUUUUGGACGACUUACAUUUCAGUCGUCUGUUGAAAAAUUGAAAUAUCAAUAUUUUAUUAAAACUCGACGACUUACAAUGAAGUCAUCAUAGGUUAGUUUUGCAAUUGAAAAAAAAAUCAAUAUUUAAUUACAUAUAGACGACUUACAAUUCAGUCGUCCGUCCGACAACUUACAUGUAAGUCGUCCAGGAUUUAAGAGGUUUGACCAGAAUCUCGGAAUAAAAUUUUGGACGACUGAAUUAUAAAUUGUCUAGGUAUAAUUAAAUAUUAAAGUUUUUUUGUUUAAUGGCAAAACUAACAUACGACAACUUACAUGUAAGUAGUCGGGUUUUAAUAAAAUAUUGAUAUUUCAAUUUUCCACCAGACGACUGAAAAAUAAGUCAUCCAGGAAAGUCAAAAUUCCGACAAAAUCCAGUCAAAUGCAAAACUAACAUAUGACGACUUACGUGUAAGUCGUCUAGGUUCUUUGGAAAUUUUUUUGUAACCAAACAAAAACAGACGACUUAACUUUCAGUCGUCUCAGAAAACAAAUUUCAAAGACAAUUACAAAAAUAACCUCUGCAUUGACCAUACGACUUCCAGGUAAGUCGUCUACAGCCAGACGACUUACCUGGGAAGUCGUCUGGACGAACAUAUCUGGAAAAAACUCGAUUUCAUACCUUAAAUUGGUGAGAUAACUUCCUUUGCACACAUAAGGUUUCUCCAAGCACACAGAAUCUCAAACGAAAGUGACCCACCCAGAAUCGUUAGCUUCUAGGACUAUAUGAACCAUAAAAAAUGUAGAUUCAAAAUCUUGAGUUUUUUUAGCUGAAUGUGGAGAGAAAGUGAGAGAGAUGUUGUGUUUUGUUCAUAAGAAUGGAGAAAGAUGAAAGGUAAAUCGAUUUUGGGAGCAUUAAGAGUUUCAAAUUGGCCGUUCAUGGUGGUUGGAGUAUUGAUGACAAUGACAAUCUUGUAAUUACUUGAAGAUGAUGAGGGUGAGAGAGUAAAAAUGUCUUUUUUGAAAAAAAGAAAAAAAAUUGAUGGUAUUUUCGGGAAUUAUAUAAACUUAUAGAGUGAAUAUGGCAAAAAUAAUUUCCAAAAAAAUGAAGGUUAGUUUUGUGUUUGACUUUGAGUUCUAGAGCAAUUUUGCAGAAAACCCAAAAAUAAAUGUAUACACGUAAUUUUGAUAUGGAUCGUUGUAUAAACACAAGAAACCGAGAGUAUAUAUGUUUCUAGAGAAUUUCACUUCACUCGGUCAGAAACAUCGUUCAUGGAAUUUAUUUUCGCCAUGUACUCUUCCUUACACGUGUUACUGGAUUUAGGGAAUGUAAAGUCUUAUAAGCCAACAAAAUGUUAUCCUUGACCAAACCAUCGAUGAACAAAGGCAUUGUUAACAAGUCAACUCCCCUCCCAUUAUCCAGUAUAUAAGACUGAAUCAUUGCUCAAAAAAAAAGAUAAGACUGAAUAUUCGUAUCAUAUAUUUUACGUGCUAAAUAGACGAAGUGCCAUCAUACCAUGCCGCUCCAUAUUUGGGAUACAUAAGAUAUAUUAUUCCUUUUGUUCACUUGGAAACAGUCAAACAGUCUUUAGCACAGCCACACCGCGGUUGCUCCGUCGUCUACCCAAAGCCGGCCUUGAAAGUAAGCAGAAGAAGCACAUGCUUCCGACCGACAAAUAAUAAGUAAAUAUUGCAGCCACAUUUUACCAUGAAUAUAUGUUUGUUCGCUUGGUUGUGGUUACUUCUAUCCGGUUCAGGGGUCAUGAGUUCGAAACUCAUCUAUGCAUAUUAAAAGAUUUUUUUUCUCUUUCAGAUGUUUCCAUUUAUAGCCAAAUAAAUUAUUUAGCUUCUAGCCCAUAAAAUGCUAAGACCGGUACUGCGUCUACCACAUCUGUAACAACUGCUCCUUUGUCAACCAUAAUUCCACCACCGUACUGUAACAACAGCCACGACCCUGUUACUCCCUCGUCUACCUCAGCUCCACCUCCUAUUCACAGUGACGACGGCCACUUUGACGUUGCUCCUGAAAACUCCGGUCAUGUUCCAACAGCGAGUUAGCCUCAUGAGGCUCCUCAAACACAACCAUAUGUUCCUCUCCAAUCCGAGGAUACCAUGAAAGAAGAACAAACACCAUCCGUUCUAUAGGAGCGUGUUCAAAGUCAUUUGUUUUAAAGUUAUCUCUUCCUUUCACACCAUCUGAGCCAUCACCGCCUUGAAGCUAUGAUCCACAGUUGGUGCAUAGCCAGAUUCAGAAUUUUUGGUCUUCAAUGGGGGAAAGUACCAACCUUACGAAGAAGAACUCUUUGCUGAAAGUAUCUUCUUCACUGAAUCUCCCUGUUAAAAAACUGCCACCUACAAAACUAAAGGAAGAUGGCUCACUCCAUAUUCCAUAGGCUGCAAGGAUGAACCCGGCUACGAGGAACUUGUAUUGUGCUUCAAGACCAACUUUCAGGUGUGAUGGCAAAUCAUCAUUCCAACUAAGGUACUUCAGCUUGGCUCUGAAAACGUAGGAGAAUAUAUAAUUUGGCAAUUUCAUCGCUGUUUUUCUCCAUUGGGUGGUCUUACACAUGAUGUUGUAAAUAGGUUAUGCGGUAGAAGAUGCAAAAUUGAUAGUCGAUAACUAGGAGAAUCCUCUUAACUGUUCUAUGUUCAACAUAAAUAGAGAAGAUAGUGGAUUAUUCAGCAUUGCGUUUGGCAUGUUGGCGACUGCUUAAUUUUUGUGGCUCCAUGGAAUUCAGAAGGCUCUUUAAAAGUAUCUGAAAUAUCCACUGUACCAGUUUGGGUGACCCUAAAAAAUAUCCUAACCAGCUGCUACUCUAGACUUGGAAUCUCCCACAUUGCUUCAGGCUAGGUGAGCCCAUGCUUACGCAUAAGCCAAGGCUGGAUCCCUUAAACAUUGGAGAGGCUAAGAUCUUGGUGGAAACAGAGCUCGACAAGAGCUUCCCCAAACAGAUUACAUUAGACGAUAAGCUAGGUAACAUAUUUUUAGUUGUGGGAGUCUAGGUCACAAGGCAAAGAGGUGUCUACUAAAGGAAGAAAAGAUUCCACCCACAAAUGAAAAAAGAUCUGAACACAAGGACAUGGUCAUCCAGGUAGUUGCUAUAGACACUUUCUCGGAUAAUGAUGAUUCUUAUGUACAUCCGAAUUGUGUCACUCCUAAGGUGCCAGAGAGUAUAAAGGCAAAAAACAUUACAAGGGAGCUGUCUGAUCUAGCGAUAGAUUAGAUUUUAGGACAAGAGCUUGGUCUUAAAAAAGCUGUCCUCACACCUCAACAUGUUCCCUUUCAAUUCGGGAAGCCAGGAGAGUCCUUGCCGGACAUUUAUACUUCACAGGCAACUACAAAAUCCAUGUCUCUUCAGGUAGCUAUUUCUCAAAGGAUAGCUCUGUUACUUUCGGUAAAUCUCUUCCGGAUAUGAAGUUUACUCUAUUUUCUACACUAGCAGGUACAUCAUCUGCUCACACUUCUUUACAAGCUAUGGACGAUGUUCCAUCAGAAAUUAUCAUGAAUGAGGGUUCCACACUCUCAGAAAAUGAUCCUUUAAAAAUGCCUUUUCUUUCAACCGAGUCAAUCCAAGAAGUAAGUAACAUGUAUUUUUAUAUUACUGAACAAAUGGAUGAAUUCUGAAGUAUGACAAAAGUGGGGUCGGUUGAUCAAAACCGACACAAAAUUACCAAGAUAUGAGAUGGAUGACAGUUUGUGGAAGAGGAAAACAAGGCCUUAGAAGUCGAGGUUUCUAUCAAGCACACUAAUAUCCUUCUUAGUUUGGUUAAUCUUAAGAGUAGUACUAAAUUUUCUUACGUAUUAGCUCUUUCUCUCUGCUUUAUGUAUCAAACUUUCUCAAACUAUAUGAUCUAACAAAUCACAUAUUGUACUUUGUUUUAAUUUUAAUGAAAGCUUUUUACAAAAAAAAAAUGAUAUUAUAGAAUUUAUUGUGGAAUUAAAAUUCAUGCCAUCAUGCUUUAUAGUUUUUCUUGUUGCAUUACAAAUAGAUUUGCUUAACCUCUCCAAAACGCAGAUCUCGUGUAAUCCAUUAAAUUAUAGUUGGGUGAGAGUCAUAAUUAAAACAUACAGUUGUUAAAUUACGAGUAUAUCACAACCUAAACUUUUGUCGUAACCCUUAAUCGAAGUUAGCCCAAGCCCAACUUGAUUUGGCGGUCCAAGAGUCCUAACACCAACAAUAAAGGCUCAACGAAUCCCAUCACUUAUCUAGCUCACACAAACCGUGUGAUUGCCUGCGUUGGACAACAAGACAAAGACAUACAGCAACAUAAGCCAAUAAUAAAAUCCUUAAAAGGGAAGCAGUCCUAGCUACAGCUCACACCACACCAACGGCUAAUAGAUUUGCUAUCCUCAAUGAUGAUGUGGCCUAGCUCAUUUAACCUCCUAUAAAUACACAAGUGAUGUAAUAGAAAACCUUUUAAGAAGGUUAAUCAAUAAGAAAGUUACCUCUUCAAGUUUAUAUUCUCUAUGCUUUUAUGGUAUCAUAAAGCCAUGGAUCUAAAGCCUUACACCCCACCAUCUCUAACCGUGGUGAACUCUAUCACAGUCAAACUUACAGACCAAAACUUCGUCUUUUAAAAAGUAUAGUUCCAGUCGUUUUUGAGUGGACAUCGUCUCUGUGGCUUCGUUACUGGCUCCAUUCCGCAGCCUGCUCUGAACAUUAUGACCCCAAACAUAGACGGCUCUGUCACACCUGUUCCAAACCCCCGACCACCAGCUCUGUUUCAGACAGACCAAGUUGUCCAAUCCUUGCUCCUUGGUUCUUUGUCCGACCGACUUCACAGCAUCGUCCUUGACUGCUCUACCUCUUGUGAGAUAUGGUUCGCUCUUGAGAAGCAUUUCAGUAGACCAUCAAACUCACAUCUGCUUGAACUGCAACACAAGCGUGGUUUGACAAUUUCAGCACCUUCCUACUUAAAUUUUGCUUUCUGUGCAGCUUUUCCGAUCCUUCAAUUUUUGUCUGCAUAAAGGAUAAAAACAUCAUUAUUCUACUCCUUUAUGUAGCUGACAUGUUGAUCACAUGAAGCAUUUCUGAGCUCCUACAAGACCUUCUACUGGAACUAAACAAAAAUUUCAGAAUGAAGGACCUUGGACAAUCUAAAUACUUCCUAGGAAUUCAAGCUCAGUUUCAUGAAGAUGGUUUGUUCCUAUCACAACAGAAAUAUGCAGAGAAUCUACUGUCUCUUGCUUUUGUUCUCCAAUGCCUACCCCUCUGCCUAUGAAACUCAACAGAGACAAAGACAAGCAACAUAAAGAGGAAUUAUUCUCAAACCCUACCUACUUCUGAAGCCUUGCCGGUAAGCUCCAAUAUCUUACUCUUACCAGGCCUGACAUACAAUUCCCUGUGAAUUUUGUAUGUCAGAAGAUCCAUGCUCCUACGUCACUAACUACACUUACCUAAAGCGGAUCCUACGGUACGUUAAGGAACCGUCACAAUAGGACUUUCCAUCAACAAGAACACCGCUUUAAGCUCACUGCCUACAGUGAUAGUGACUGGACUGGCUGUUCUAACACUAGUCGAUCUACCGGAGGAUUCAAUAUAUUUUUGGGGUCUUGCCUAAUCUCUUGGUCAUCGAAGAAACAACCUAUUACGGAAGCAGAAUACAUAUCUAUCUCAGAAACAACUUCGAAAUUACCUGGUUGUGUUUGAUUAGAAAGGAUCUUAGGAUUUUCCUACCUUCAAUUUUGGUUCUUCUAUGCGAUAACCUCUUGGCGGUCAUGCUCACUGUGAAUCCUUCCUUUCACUCGAAGACUAAGAACUUCCUGCGUGAUCACCACUGAGUUCAUGAAAGGGUAGCUCUGGGUACGCUCGAAGUUCAUCACAUCUCCAACAAAUUCCAGAUUGCGGACAUUUUUAGAAAGAGUCUUUCUCAAGAGACUUUUUGCUCAUUACGAAAAAAAUUCGGUGUGCGCCUUCCCCAAACGCCAAGUUUGAGAGAGGCUAAUAUAAGUUAGCCCAAGCCCAACUUGAUUUGGCGUCCCAAGAGUCCUAAAACCAACAAUGAAGGCUCAACGAAACCCAUCAGUUCUCUAGCUCACACAACCGUGUGACUGCCUGCAUUGGACAACAAGACAAAGACAGUCAACAACAUAAAGCAACAAUGAAGUCCAAAAAAGGGAAAACAGUCCUAGCUACAGCUCACACCACACCAACGGCUAAUAGAUUUGCUAUCCUCAACGAUGAUGUGGCCUAGCUCAUUUAACCUAGAAUGCUUUCCUAUAAAUACACAAGUGAUGUAAAAGCAAACUUUGUAAGAGAGUUAAUCAUUAAGAAAGUUACCUCUUCAAGAGUUUAUAUUCUCUAUGCUUUUAACCCCAACGUAAUGUUACGAUUUUUUAACGAUGAAUGGUAACUUUCGUCGUAAUGUAGUUGUUACUAUCCAACUAAUGAUGAAAUUACGAGUAAAAGUAGAUGGUAGGUGAAAACAUAUUUGUUGUGUGUGUGAUUAGUUGUUUAGAAAAAGACAUAUAUAUAUAUAUAUAUAUAUAUAUAAGUUAUUUGUUAUGUCCUUGUAAAAUCCAUUUCAUUGUAAAAUUAUUGUUACAUUUCUAUCUGUCAAACACGAAAAUUUACUAUAUAAUGUUAUUUCUCUUUUUCUAAAGAACCACAAAGAAAAUCAAAAAUGUUGCAAAGAAAAAAUAUGACAUUGAAUAGCAAUAUAUACGAGUUACGAAGUUAGAUAUUUACACCUAAAGAAUUUCUCAACUGAGUAGAGACAUUUAUAUACAAGGCCGAAAAUACACCACGCAAGAAACCGAUUAAGAUGUUAUGUCCUUGCGUAAAUGCAAGAAUACAAAAUUUGUUUGUAAUGAAACGGAAUGAAAACAUUUAGUAAAUAGAUUGGAUAGACUUCUCAUAAUAUAGAGCAUCUCCAACCCAUAACAUUAUUUUAGUGUCAAAACCACACUAUUUUAGUGUAAUUUCAGCACUAAAAAAAAUUAUUCUCCAACCAUAACACCAAAUUUCAUACUAAAAGCUAUUUUAUAAUAUUAUAUAUAUUUAAGUUUAUAUUUGUCAUUUAUUUAAUUGUUUAUUUUGUUAAUAAAUUAAGUGAAUAGUAUUUAGUUGGAUGAAUAGUGUUUUAGUGUGGUGAAUAGUGUGACAUCAAAUUUGGUGUGAAGUUAGGGCAUCUCCAACCACUAACACUAUUUUAGUGUCAAAAUCAUACUAUUUUAGUGUAAUUUCAACACUAAAACCAAUAUCUUCUCCAACCAUAACACUAAACUUUCCACUAAAACUAUUUUGUAAUAUUAUAUGUAUUAAAUUAUCUAUUUAUCAUUUAUUUAAUUGUAUGUUUUAGUAAUAAAAUACGUAAAUAGUAUUUUAAUGGGAUGACUCUAGUGUCACACCAAAUUUGGUGUCAAAUUUCAGUGUUGUACUAAAAUAGUGUGAUUUUUAGUGUUGAAUUGGAGAAGAUUUUUGUGUCAAAAUCACACUAAAAUGGUGUUUUGGAGCUGAGUUGAGUUUGUGAUGGCCUAAUGAAACACAUCUCAUAUUGUAAGUAAUUUGCCUCUUGUAAAUAUUAAAAUAUACUUCGAAAGCAUCCGAGUCUCUUGCCGCGAGUGAUGUUUUUGGUUUUCUCAUUAGAAACUCUCAAAAGUCUCAAUUUUCUCUUAGUUUUCAUUUUAUUUUUUUCAUUGUUAAAAUCUAAUUCUGUUAUUAGUAGAACUGGAAAUGCAUGUAAAUAAAAUAUGAUUGUUUCUAGAGCAAAGAAACAUUGUAUAUCUUAUUUUAGUAACAAUAGAAUAACAUAUUGUUUAGUUAUUGUCAAACUAGGUUAAACUUUAUUAUAAAAUACCCACUUGUUUCUAAUCAUAUAUGAUGCUAAAAAUGAAAGUACUAGUAAUAUUUUUCCAGUUAGCUUUAUAUAUUUAUUAUUGUGACGUUAACACUUUUCCAACUUUGGCCUUUUCGAUUUUGAUAUAUGGCUCUCUGCAGUCUGCACACAACUUUUCCCUCUCUUUCAUUACAGUUCACGCCUCUCUUGUCUCAUUAUAUCCCAAAUAAAUAAAUGAAGAAAAUUAAAUAUGAAAACACAGAGAGAGAAGCGAUACUGAAACGGCCUGCAUCAAUGGCUACCGCCGCCGCCGCACGAUCAACGCCGGCGAAGCAAAUCGCCUUAAUUGACGGACUUCCCGACCACAUAUCGGAGAUCUGCCUUUCCCUCGUAUCCCGUCCGUCGCUACUUGCCGCCGUUUGUACACGGUGGCGCCGCCUCGUAUACUCUCCCGAGUUCCCACCGUUCUCGUCUCUCUACGCGCUUUUCGUCGCCUCGAGCUCGGAUCCGACUCCGGGUCUCCGUCGGGUUAACUCAGCAAUCCGGUUAAUGUGUUUCGACCCGGUUUCUUCCAAAUGGGAUCCGCUCCCUCCUCCUCCGCCUGAACUACCUCUUAACCGGAUUAUCUACCGUCAUCCGUCGUAUAUCUCCUUUAAUUUACCGAUUCAGUGCGUUUCCGCCUCCGGAAAACUUGUUAUCAUCGCCGGGAGUAACCAAGAACUCUCUCCGGCGAUCUCUCACCCUCUAAUUUUCGAUCCGAUCUCUUCUGCAUGGACCUCCGGGCCGCCGAUAGGAUCGCCGAGACGGUGGUGCGCAACCGGAGCUUGCGGCGGAGUUAUCUACAUCGCUAGUGGUGUGAGUUCGCAAUUCUCGUCAACCGUCGCGAAAUCGAUCGAGAAACUCGAUCUCACGGAUCAUAAUCGCAGUAACUGGGAGAAACUGAGGGAGAUGAGAGACUUACGGUUUAGCCGUGAAGCCAUUGACGCAGUUGGAUGGAGAAGGAAGCUCUUAAUGGUGAAUGUAAAAGGCGACGCAGUUAAAGAAGGAGCUAUUUACGACGUCGUUAAUGACGAUUGGGAAGCCAUGCCGGAGGAAAUGGUGGCGGGAUGGAGAGGUCCGGUGGCGGCGAUGGAGGAGGAGACGCUUUAUUCAGUUGAUGAAAAGAAAGGAACAGUGAGGAUAUACGAUGCCGAGAAGACAGAGUGGAGAGAAGUAAGGGUGGUGGAAGGUGGUGAAGAGUUGCUUAAAGGAGCUCAGCAAAUAACGGCGGUAGCCGGAAAGCUUUGUAUUAUUACCGUUGACGGAAGAAUUGUAAUGGUGGAUGUUAUGACGGAGCCGGCGAAGAUUUGGACCGUGGAAAAACCUCAAGGGCUUGAACCGGUUUCGGUUCAUGUAUUACCAAGGAUGAGCCGACCGGAUUUUGCUGACGUAUAAUGUUUGAAAUAUACUAUAAUUUUGUUCUUUUUCUUCUAUACGGAACUCUUAUUUUUUUAUUUGAUUAUUUCUCUUAUUCUGCGAGAAAAAAGUGUUAUCUUGUCGUUAUUUUACCUGCAAGUCAGAUGCUUACUUCAGAAAUUUCACAUCUAUAAAGUACAUUAAAUAUAGUUAUUUAAAA